GAUCCCAGCCAGACAAAAAAAUUUGUUAUGAAUGAAUAAAUGAAUGACUCGGAAUCAGGGGCACUCAGAAGUUAGUUUUUGCAAAAAGGCCGAAGUUAUUUGCUGCAAGAAGGUUAAACUAUGAGUCUAGGUCUAGUUGAAGAAAAACGCAUAAACUUCGCCAAUGUUCUUAAGAAAGCUUGUAAAGAUGCAAGAAAUGGAACAGUUAUGAUUGUUCCAAAAUUCAAUAACUUUACAGAUGCAGUUGGUCUUCUGAGAGAAUUCAAUGUCGAUGACAACCAAGAUAAUACAUUUCCAUUUAUAGAGUCAAACAGCCCUUCAAAAAUGCUCUCUCCAACUUCCCAAGGGUCUACUACAUGCACGGAAAGCAAUUCAAUAAACGAUAUGGAUAUACUUUCUGAAAGAGAGUAUGAAGAAUUGUGUAGCAAUAAGUGGCUGAAUUCCAUUGGGAAAGAAAUUCUGUGUAAACAAAAUAUUAUGGACGAAGACCAAGAUUUUUUGGGAAUAAUAGGUGAAUUGAAUGUAGUAGAAAAGAGGUACACUGGUGAUCUUUCAAUGUUUUAUGAAAGCGAAGGGAAGCAGAAUACAAUUCCUUGUUAUCCAGAAACAUUCACAGAGCAAGGCUUCCAAGACUUGUCAGUUUAUUUUGUCCAGGAUACAGCUAGAGGUACAAUUCAACAGGAACAACAUAUGGAUGCCAGAUUUCAACCAUAUGCAAAAUGGAAACAUCAGUCUCCAGAAGAACUUGAAAGGAAGGAAAAAAAUCGACUGCGAAGUAAAGCUUAUCGUUUACGAAAGAAGUUGCAGUUGGAAACUCUCCGACGAGAAGAAGAAGGUGCUAAAAUUGCAGAAGAAGUAGCAAACAAAGAAAGAGAGGUUGCAGAUAGAAAACAUGAGCUAUCAGCAGGAUGCCAAUCUGAAGUCAACCAACAUACCUGAAUAUCCAAUUCUAAGGAGGAUCAGCCCGAAUAUUCAAUUAAUGAAUUAAUAUGCAACUACUGUAUCUUUUGCUUAAUGUAUUAUGUAAUUUAACUGGUUUAAAAUGCAAUAUACGAAAACAGCAAUGUUGUGUGUAUGCAUACAAUUCUGAUCCAAGUUACUGUUCUUAUAUUCUGUACCAAGUUUAGAAUGCU